AAUUAUUAACACUUAUAUACAAAUAUUCGAUUGGUUGGUAAAAUGCUUGCUUUUCAAAAUUACCCUGUUGACAUUUCUGCAUUAAAAUUAUUAAAUGAUGUGUCUGAAGCUUAAAAUGACAACGGGAAGUUGGUGACCUCAUUCCCUUUCAAAAAUCAACCAAUGAAUAGACACACCAUCACAUGUGUAUAAAACGGCACACGUAAACACACAUGUCGUUUUACUUGCUGGCCUAAAUAUCGAUACUUUUUGUGCACACGCUCACACGUGUACAUGUAUGUACAUUUGUGAACAGCUGAGCCGAUAAAUUCAGGACAGCUAGCAGACGUGGUCUAGGCAUCUCACGUCAGUAUAUCAAAUUGUAAUACACUACUAUGCAUAAUGCACUUGCUAUUUUAAGAUCGACCAUUGGAGUGAGAAUAAAACAAUUAUUUUGUGUGGACUCGUACGUUGACUAUAAAUUACGGAGUGACGCCUUGCACGGAAUGAAAUGAGGAUGAGAUUUUCCACGAAGAAAAUCACGACCCGGUAUCUACUACUGGCCAUUACUUCAUGUAUAAUCUUCUUUGUAUUUUCGAGAUAUUUAUCCGACGAAGAUAGCAUCCUUGCCUUUGCUGGAGGAGGACAUUCAGCUAGUCGAUUUAAGGAGACAGUAGGAACUUAUCUAUUUAGAAAAACUCCUGCUCAGAAAGUCGUAGAAAAAUUGGAAAUAAGCACUCUCCCAAACGGCACAUAUUCCAAGAUAAGUUUCAUCAAUCGUAGACAAAUUUACAGUGUGGGAGAUAUGUUGGUGGUCAAAAUCACUCUGUAUGAUUCUACAGGAACAAGAAUUAGACGUGGUGGUGAUAGACUGAGAAUCGUUUUGAUAGAAACAAAACUAAGGGCUAACGUGAAUGGUAAGAUAAUCGACAAUGGGGACGGUACCUACACAGGAACGGUUCUGUUACCAUGGAGAGGAACACCAAAACUGGUCGUGCUUCUUUCCAUUCCUCGGCAGGUCCACGAUACAGUGGUGGACGCAGUCAAUGAAUAUGGCACCAUGCGCUUUAUCAUGGGAAUAUUUUCAAAAACAACAGAUAAUAUAACAAUAUCAGAAAGAACGCCGUGUGGACCACUUCCGAUGAUAAAAGGAUUUGAUAAUCUGUACAACAUGACAAAGAUGGUGUAUAACAUGCCCUGGUACUGUGUGAAACCAAAGUCUGUUGAGUUGACAGCUAAACAUUGGAAACAGUCUGUAACGGCCACUAACUUCACUUUGCCCUUCAACGUAACACGUAUAUUACUAGCACACCAACAUAAGCCAAUAUUGAACUGGAUUUUCGUCAAGGUGGAAGGAGCUGAAUCGUUGAUGAGAACAAGCAGAACGCCGUGCCACAAACGUUCAAGAGAAAAGACAUGGGAGGUUGGAACAUCGGGCUUCUACUAUAAUAACAACUGGGUGAAUAUCAACUGCACAAAUCAAUACAAACAGACCCCAAGUCAGUACGCAAAGUGCCUGGCAGGUCGUCAUCUCGUUCUGAUAGGAGACUCUAAUAUAAGGUCAUAUUUAGAAUUCUUUACUAAAUUCCUCCAUUUGAACAUUACCAUCGGUAACCCAGCGGACCACGCGCCUGGGUUGGUGUUCGGUUAUAACAGUGCUCGAUCGAUAUCCGCUACGUGGAGACCCCACGGUGUACCAUAUUUUGCAGCUUUCCCUUACAACAAAAACGUGUCCCAUUCCCACAUCAUCGAUUCUAGACCGCUUAACAUGGAGAGUGACAACAGGACUAUAGUUGUCAUUCAUCUGUGGGCUCACUUUCUCGCCAUCCCCAUCCACAUAGUGGAGGAGAGAAUUAGGGAUGUUAGGAAGGCUGUCGAACGUCUUCUGACCAGAGCACCCAAUGUCACUGUGGUUAUUAAAGGUCCACAAUCCCAUUUAGAAAACCAAAUCUAUCUCCAAGUUGACUUCAAAAGAGUGAGUUUUGAACAAAUAUGGCGGCACGAAUUUAAACAUCUGAGAAAGGAGGUGAUAUACCUUGAUUAUUGGGACAUAACCACUGGCAGUUUAAGUAAACAUUUACAUCCAAGUCGAACGGUACUAAAAGAUAUGAUUAAUACAUUCAUCAACCAUGUAUGUGAUGUUUAAUAUGAUAAAUUAAUAUAUUCUUCAACCAUGUAUGUGAUGUUUGAUAUGAUAAAUUAAUAUGUUCAGCAUCGAUGCGAUGAUUAAUAUGCUGAAUUAAUAUGUUAAUACCAAGUUGAAGUGAUCCCCAGGUUAAGUUUGUAUCGAUAUAUGUCAGAAAUCCACAUAGUGAAACAAGUGAUUUUUUAUUACCUGUUUUGGUAUUUUCUAUGAAAUGUUUUUCAUUUACAAUUAAUAGGUCAGCAGAUGGCGAGGUACUCAAUCAUUUGUACCCAUAUUUCAGACUCAAGCUCUGCAUAGCAUAUUUCACUUGUUCAGCCACCGUCCCCAAAAGGAUCGGUAGCAUCCUCUAUAUUAUAUACAUAUUGUAUAUAUGUUCUACCUCGUAACAUGUCUAUGUCAUAUAUAUUGUAAUACACUAUGUGUAAUAGCGGUAUCGUGACAUCAUCAAUGAUGUGAAGCACGAUUGUCUCCAUAGAAAGUAUUUAUCAUUUGUGUUGAAAUUCGCCUUACACAGCUAGAAAUGGUUGAUGUGAGAGUUUUCACUAACAUUCAUAUAAACAUGAGUUAUAUGAUGAACAGAAUUUCACACUCGUUUAUGAUUCGACCACCGUUAUUCAAUGCAAAAAGUAUACACUGUAUUGAUAUUUUUUUUACAAUCGCUCACACUCAUUGCUUCCAGAUUUUUCACUUUUAAGAAAACCCGUUAACAGCUGGAUUUGUAUGACCUUUCAGAGUAAUCCUUUGACAUCUAUGGUCCAGUCGGGGUUCGAUAUUAACGACCUAGGAAUAUUUGAUGUAAACAAUACACAGGGAUAUACGUCUUUAUACGAUGUACCUGUAAAUAGUAAAUAAAUAAAAAAUAUAAAAGAUAGAUAAAAAUUGACGAA